ACUGACACCGGAAUCAUGGACCAGCAGUACUGUUUGCGCUGGAACAACCAUCAGUCGAACUUAACGACCGUGCUCACCACGCUACUGCAAGACGAGAAGCUAUGCGACGUGACGCUCGCGUGCGACAAGGGCAUCGUCAAAGCCCACCAAGCCAUCCUGUCUGCCUGCAGUCCGUACUUCGAGCAGAUCUUCGUCGAGAACAAGCACCCGCAUCCAAUCAUCUACCUGCGGGAUGUGGAGGUCCACGAGAUGCGCGCCCUGCUCGACUUCAUGUACCAGGGCGAGGUGAACGUAGGCCAGCACAAUUUACAAAACUUCCUUAAGACUGCCGAAAGUCUCAAGGUACGAGGUCUGACAGAGAGUAACGCCGAUCGGUACUCGUCCGACGCGGACAAGCUCCGCUCGGAGCGGAUCCGGGACUCUCGGGAUGACCGGGACUCCCUCACACUGCCGAGCGCAUCCAACAACAACAACAGCAGCAGUAGCAACAACAACAACAACAACAACAACAACAAUAACAACAACAACAACACCAUCAGUAGUAAUAACAACUCACUACACCAAAGGCCACUGCGCGAGAAGGAGUUGAGCGAGCACGAUCAGCUCGAUCAGCGCAUUCAGCAGCAGCAGCAGCAGCAGUCACGCCAACAUCCACAUCAACAGCAACCACAACAACAUCAGCAGCAGCAGCAACCACAACAACAUCAGCAACAGCAACAUCAUCAUCAUCAUCAGCAGCAGCAGCAACAGCAGCAGCAGCAGCAGCACCAGCAACAACAGCAGCAGCAGCAGCAGCACCAGCAACACAAUCCCCAUCAAACGCACCCGCAGCACUCAACUUCGGUGCUUGCGCCGUUGGUGCAACAGCAGCAGCAACAACCUUCGCGGAGUGCGAGCAUCGACCUGAUGCAGUCGUCGCUCGUGGACGACGCCCGCGACUAUCUGCCGACGGUGGAUGAGCGCGACCUGUGCGCCGCGGUCGAGAACAAGAAGAAGCGCAAGAUGUCGGCCACCUGUGAUAACUCGUCGCCCUCGACACCAUCCCUGAUGAACGAUCGGCAGGGUGGCUACGAGUCGCAGACGUCGUCCCAGGGCAGCUUCAAGCAGAGUCCGAAGCCGGAGGACGACUUCAAAGUCAGCUCGCCGGCACCUGGCGGCCACCCGCUGGUGGUGGGCCAUCCGCUGGCCGGCAUCAAGCAGGAGCUACCGGAGUUACCAGUUCGCCACUCGCUGCCGUCGGACUUGCUACAGACCAAUGUUUGGGGAGACGAAGCGAAGCACGCCACCGCUUCGGCACACCCGCUCGUGUCAGCUUCCCCCUCAUCGUCGGCCCCCCCGGUGACGGUGGCCACGGCGAUCCCGUCCGGCUCCAUGGUCACCGUCGCUGCCGUCGCCGCCGCCGCCGCCAGUCGUCGUGCCUUCUUGAGCCCCUCCUCCACCACCACCACCUCCUCCUCCACACCAUCCUAUUCCUACUUUUCCUCCUCUUCCGGCGUCGGCGGCGUCGGCGGCAGCGAUGCCAGGGGUGCUGGAGUAGUAGUUGGUGGCGGAGUUGGAAGAGCGGGAAGCGGCGUCACUGGCGACGGUAGUGGCGGCGGUGGUGGUGGUGGUGCUGGUGGUGGUGGUAAGGAGGACGUAGUAGUAAUGCGUGAAGCGAGAGCAAAAGGUAGGCAGGAGGCAGGAGAAGCGCAGUUAGCAAGAGGAAGAGAAAGCGUGCAAGCGGAAGGAGCAAACAGGGCGAAGGAGGAAGACGAGGAGAAGGACAAAGAAGAGGAAGAGAAGGAUGAGGCGGAGGUGGUGAAGGUUGAAGAGAUGAAAGUGAUGGAAGAAGACGAUGGUUCGAUGCGGCGAUCGAUACUGCUUCCCGUUCCCAGGAAGCUGACCACCAUCAGGGAAUCGUUGCUGAAAUUGGAGCAGCAGCAGCAGCAGCAACAGCAACAACAACCCAGUCAGCAACUGAAGCGAUCGUUGGAGUCAACGGCGGCUCAGCCUAGCCGGAAAUGUGCCGCUGUGGGGCAGCAACAGCCACGCCGGCCAGUGGUGGUCGGGCGAAACGCUAGGUCGCCGACAGGGGGGCGAGGUGCUGGCGGUGCGGCGGCAGCCGCUACCGCCGCAGCUGCGGCCGCCCUCGCGACGCUUGCUGACUGGCCGAGCGGUCGGGCCUGCCUGCAACGGUAUCUGCUGACCACCACCUCCACCGGCGCCCACCAGCAGCAGGAUGCCCAGCAGGAGGGGAGUGAUGCCGCCGGCGAUGGUGGUGGUGGUGGUGGAGGCAAUGGCAGGCACGAUGGUGGUGAGGACCAGCGCAUCACGUCAUCCACUGCCAGCGUAUCGCUGCUCGCCGCUGUCGAUGCCUUCCGCACCACGGUCAGCAGCGUGAUGGAGGCGGAGAGCGAAGCCCGGGUAGCUGACCCUCCGCCCAUGGUCCCCUACCAAGGCACCGGCCAACAACGGCCCACGAGCCAAGCUACCUCGUCGCGGCGCACUCCAGCGGUGCGCGUGUCGCAUUAUUUGGGCAGGGAAGCGGCGAUGCCACCACCGGGAAAGGGUGGCGAGCCAGCCACACCGCACCCGGGCGCGUCCGGCAGCAGCGGCAGUGCGACGUCGCGCAAGGGCGGACGCUUCCGGCUGCACUGGCUGUACCAGUUCGAGUGGCUCCAGUACGACGAGGACAUGAACUACAUGUACUGCAAGUACUGCCGCCGCUGGAGCAGCGACAUACCGGACAUUCGGACGUCGUUCGCCGAGGGAAACAGCAAUUUCCGGCUCGAGAUCGUCAACCACCACGACAAGUGCAAGGCGCACCGGCUCUGUAGCGAGCGCGAGGCCGCCGAAGCGCAGCUGCUGCUCCAGCGACUGCCGCUCGGACCGUCGGACGACAAACGGGUGCCAGCGAGCCAAACGAAGCGGGAAGGUGAGGAGAGCGGCAGCCCCGACCACGGCGGUGGCACAACAAAGGGCGUGGCCAAAUGUCGUUCUCCCGCGCCGCUGGUGGAACCGCUGCCGACAGCGGCGGCGGCGGCAGUGGCGGCGGCAGUGGCAGUGGCGGCGGCGGCAACAACGGCAGCGGCGGCUGCAUUAACGGGAACCGUGCCGAAGCAGGCGGAGAAGAAGAAGAAGAAGAAGAAGCAAGGAGGAGGCGGAAGAGUAGGAGGAGGAAGAGAAGGGAGAGCUGGUAGUGAGUGUGGUGGUGACUACGGUGACGCUGGAGGCGCCGGCGGUGGCGGCGGCAGGCUAGGUCGAGGAGGGCUGGGAGGGCUGGUGCACCGAGGGUACACCGAGGCGGAGGCGGGCUGUGGCCUGCUGACGGAUGAUGCACUUGUGGCCGGGGGCGAGGUAGUGGCGUUAACUGUCGGUGGCGGCGGCGGCAGCGGUGGCGGGGUCAGGUCUGGGCGGCUGAGCGACCUCAGCGGCGCCGAAGUUGGAGGCCUAGUGCCUGGCGGAGGUCCGCUGGCGGUGGUAGUGGGUCGCGGGGGAGUGGUGGUCGGGAGUGCGGCGGCGUCGGCGGCGGCGGCGGCGGGUACACUGGGUGUGGCCCUGCCCAUGCCGCUCGGGGGACCCAGUAGCCUGGUGGAGUCGUUGGUCGAUCACCAUCACCGACUGACAGCCGCCGCCAACUUGGGCGGCCGGUUGGUGAACGGUGGGGGGCACCACGUCAUCAACGGCGGCAAAGCGGCUGCCGGGGCUACCGGAACGCCGCCCGUUCCCGGGUGCGGGGCCUCGUCCACCUCGUCGUCGUCGUCCUCUUCCCUGUCGUCAUCGUCGUCCUCUUCUCUGUCCUCGUCGUCGACGGCGUCCUCGUCCAUGUGCGGCGUCCAGCCGCAACAGCAGCCGCCGAUCGCCGAUGGGCCGGCCCAGGUCGUCGGGUCUUCGGUCGAGCGGCUGCACUUUGCCGUGUCUUCACCCGGUGACGACCCACCUGGCGAGGUGGGCCCUUCUCCGGGGUCCGGAAUCACCAGUGGCGGCGGCGGCGGGGUAUUGCGCGCCAGCAGCAGCGCCGCCGGGACGACGCGCCGGGACCACAACAUCGACUACUCGUCGCUGUUCAUCCAGCUCACCGGCACGUUUCCGACGCUGUACAGCUGCGUCAGCUGCCACAAAACCGUCUCGAAUCGGUGGCACCACGCCAACAUCCACCGGCCCCAGAGCCACGAGUGCCCGGUCUGCGGUCAGAAGUUUACCCGUCGCGACAACAUGAAGGCCCACUGCAAGGUCAAGCACCCGGAGCUCCGGGACCGCUUCUACAACCACAUCGUCCACAUGUGA